AUGGAGAAGCAGCACCAACUUUUGUCUAAGAUUGCAACCAAUGAGAGACAUGGAGAGAACUCCCCAUAUUUCGAUGGUUGGAAAGCUUACGAUAGUAACCCUUUUCACCCCACUGACAACCCUGAUGGAGUAAUCCAAAUGGGUCUCGCAGAAAAUCCGCUAUCCUUUGAUUUGAUUAUAGACUGGAUCAAGAAACAUCCCACAGCCUCCAUUUGCACUCCUGAAGGAGCUAAUAUGUUCAAGGAUAUUGCUAACUUUCAGGAUUAUCAUGGCCUGCGGGAGUUUCGACGGGCUAUUGCCAAGUUUAUGGAAAGAGUUGGAGGUGGAAGGGUGACAUUUGAUCCAGACCGCAUAGUCAUGAGUGGUGGAGCUACUGGAGCAAACGAAACGAUCACGUUUUGUUUGGCCGAUCCUGGGGAUGCUUUCCUUGUUCCCUCUCCUUAUUAUCCUGCAUUCGAUCGAGACUUGGGAUGGCGCACAGGGGUCCGGAUUAUUCCAGUUGACUGCCAUAGCUCAAACAAUUUCCAGAUAACAAAAGCAGCAUUGGAAGCAGCAUAUGAUAAGGCACAACAGGAUGGCAUCAACGUCAAAGGCUUGAUCAUUGCAAACCCAUCAAAUCCACUUGGCACUACCUUAGACAGAGAGACAGUAAAAAUCAUACUGAGCUUCAUCAAUGAGAAAAACAUCCACAUAGUCUGCGAUGAAAUUUACGCAGCAACUAUCUUCAGUGCCCCGAAUUUCGUAAGCAUUGCUGAGGUUAUCGAAGAGAUGGAUUGCAACCGUGAUCUCAUUCACAUUGUUUACAGUUUGUCCAAGGACAUGGGACUCCCUGGCUUCAGAGUAGGCAUUGUUUACUCAUACAACGAUGCAGUUGUGCACUGCGCCCGCAAGAUGUCAAGUUUUGGGUUAGUCUCCUCACAAACUCAAUAUUUACUCGCUACAAUUCUUUCCGAUGAGGAGUUUGUUGGGAAUUUCCUGGCCGAGAGCUCGAAAAGGCUAAAGAAAAGGCACAGUAUUUUCACCAAGGGAUUGGAACAAGUUGGUAUCAGUUGCUUAAAAAGCAAUGCUGGUCUUUUUGUUUGGAUGAAUUUGCGCCAUCUCCUUAAGGAACAAACAAAUGAUGGUGAAAUGGCUUUGUGGCGUGUGAUUAUUAAUGACGUGAAGCUCAAUGUUUCGCCAGGCUCUUCUUUCCAUUGCAUUGAGCCUGGUUGGUUUAGGGUCUGCUUCGCCAAUAUGGAUGAUGAAACUGUGGAUGUUGCACUGAAAAGAAUACAUGCAUUUGUUGGUGAACAAAAGGAAAGGGAAAUGCCAAAAAAGACCAAUUGUUGGAAAAAAAUCUUCGGCUCAGCUUCUCAUCUCGUAUAUUUGAAGAGAGUAUUGGAUCUCCACAUGUGA